AUGGCUAAAAAACCGCAAUGUUUAUGUGUUUUAUCUGCAGCACAACAAGGUGUCUCAGCUCAUUCUUUCAUCCACUCGUUUACUUUAACACAUUCAGUGUUUCAAGUACAACUAGCAACUCCUAUGGGCCAACCGAUAGAAUUUGUGGAUAUCGAUGAAAAUACGAAACGGUGGAUAAGCGAAUUUCGCACUAAAUCGUUUGCAACACCUACGAAACUGGAACUUGUGGAUGCGGCCGAUUAUUCUGUAUUGCUAAUUCCUAAUUCUCCCGGAGCUGUUUAUGACUUAUCUACACAUCGUGAACUGGGGAACAUUUUAAAUUCUUUCAUUGCUGAUAAAAAGCCGAUAUGUGCAAUCGGCUUCGGAGUUGCUGCCUUAUGUUCUGCCAUGAGUAUGGAUGGACGUACAUGGAUGUUACGGGAAUAUUCUCUGACUGCACCUCCAGUUCGUGAAAUGGUAUCGAGGUCGGAUUUUGCUAUGAUGCCAAUUAUCUUGGAAGAUUUUUUGCGAGAACAUGGUGCAAGCUAUACAGCUAAUGCCGGUGUUGGUGUUCACGUUGUUGUCGAUAAGCAUUUAAUUACCGGUCAGAAUGACCAAUCUACUCUAACGACUGUCCAAAACCUUGUCCUUCACUUCAAUACCAGGACUUCGUCUUUGAUCGAUCAGCGUAUACAUUCUUAUGUAUUCUGAUAGAUUAUUAGGCGUCUUAUGCAUAUACAGUAUACAUGAGUACUAUUUCAAGUAAGACAGAUAUAUAUGAAAAUAUAUAUUACAAUUAAUUUUUC